GAGAGCGCAGGGUGGGCGGCACCGUGGGAUUCCCCGCGGCUGGGGUGGUGGGGCUGGAGCUAGGUCGGGAAGGGCGCGCGGCUUGUUGCCUGGCGACUGACAAGCGUCUGAGCUUCCCGGGUGAGCCGUUGGAUCCCACCCGGCCUUUGCGGGUAGAAGGGCCGGUCAGAUACCCGCCGGCCGCCCCCGGGCAAGCAAGGCCACCCGAAUCAGGAGGGCAGGGGCGGCCUGGGAGCCAGGUCAAAUUUGUCAACAUGUCCAUGAUCCCGAAGCACUUUGGACUGAAAACCAGAGAAGAGUCCUACAUGUUUAAAGAGCUUGAAAAGGUUCGCCAGGAAACAAAACGAGAUUUCCUUCGAUUUAAGCACAAGUUGGCCUGCAGGCAGGUUUUAGAUGAAGGCUCGGACUACUGUCCCCAUGCCUCAGACCUGGUGUGCCCUAGAGAGAAGAGACAGGUAUUGUUCACUGUGCCUCUAGGGCUCACAGGGUCCCCUCGGGCUGAGGGCCCCAAGACCUUCGCUGCCACGCGCCUGCAGGAGGCGCUCCAAGGCGCUGCGCACCCCCCAGCCACCAUGGGGAGGACCCCGUCGUUUUGCCCCCGCGAGUUUUACUUGCGAAGCUCCGCGUUCCUACGGCACCGGCCCCAGAAGAAGCCACCUGCCAUCAGCUCACAGGCCGGCACGUCUAGACCCCUGGUGCUGAAGCCGCCGUCCACGUCCACGUCGUUGGUGAAACGGAGAGAGCGCCCGGGUCCGGGGAGCCCUCGGCCUGCAGCGACCGGAGCCGUGAGCGGGAGCAGCGACGCGCGGGAAGUCUCCCGGCUGGUGGCGCUGCGCACGCGCGCGGUCCCCAGGUCCAUCCAGGAGGUCAUCGCCUCGCUGCAGUCUGAAGCCCAGCUGGCCUCGGACCAGACCAUCAGAGAGCUCAAAGAGAGCAUCCUGGGCGAGAACUACGACAUAAGAAUGAAAGUAGGUGAAUCAGAGGAGAGUAAUGCUUCUUGUGGGUAA